AUGGAGCAUUUGGCGAUUCAUCUUCCUCAUGAGGCUAAACUUGGUGGUCCUGUUCAGUAUCGAUGGAUGUAUCCGUUUGAACGCUUUAUGUAUCACUUGAAGAAAAAGGCAAAAAAUAAAGCUAAAGUCGAAGGAUCGAUAGUGGAACAAUAUGUUAAUGAGGAAAUUUCAGAUUUUAGCUCUUAUUAUUUCGAAUCUCAUAUUGAGACCAAGAGUCGAAAUACUUCUCGCUCCGAUGAUGGAGAUACAACCAAGAGGAAAAUAAUAUCUAGUGAUGAAGUGGAUCCUAGUCCGUUGCAGUAUGAGAAUGAUAAUACGAUAGUCGAGGCUGAUCCAUUUAUAAUGGUUGAUAGUUUAGCUGAUCCGCAAGAACAGUUUGUGAUCCUCGAUGACGCUCUUGAUGAAGAUCUAGGUUCAGAUACUGAUAAUGUUUCCCAAGAAGAGUAUGAUUCAACCGAAGAUGAAGAAGAUGAUACCCAAGAAGAGUAUGAUUCAACCGAGGAUGAAGAAGAUGAUACAUCUUGA